AUGGGAUUGACCAAGUCGCAGCGGAUCAUCAUCCUCCUCGUCAUCGACACCAUCUUCUUCUUUGUCGAGCUCAGCGUCGGCUAUGCCGUCCACUCGCUCGCUCUCGUUGCAGAUGCAUUCCACAUGCUGAAUGAUGUGCUCUCGCUCUGCGUGGGCUUAUGGGCCGUCAAGGUCGCCAACGAAAAGUCCUCCAAGACAUACACCUACGGCUGGCAACGCGCAGAGACCCUCGGCGCCCUCAUCAACGGCGUCUUCCUCGUCGCGCUGUGUCUCUCCAUCUUCCUCGAGGCCAUCAACCGCUUCGUCGAGCCGCAGACCGUCGAGCACCCCAAGCUCAUCUGCAUCGUCGGCGGGCUCGGCCUGCUCUCCAACAUCCUCGGCCUGCUGCUCUUCCACGACCACUCGCAUGGCGGACACGGCCACGGCCACAGCCACGGACACGGCGGCGAAGAUGCCGGCGAGCUGGGCUACUCCCGCGAGAUCGCAGACCCGUCCUGCCUGACGCCCGCUGCACUCCCCGAGAACAAUGGCAAUGGCAAUGGCAAUGGUGUCCCCAGCGCAUCCGCCACCCAGCACUCGCGCCGCCAUGCCUCCAUCAGCCGGGUCAGCCGCGAGAGCAGGCGGUACAGCGGGUUCAGAGACGCCGAAGACAUCAGCGGCCACCCGGCCAGCCUGCGCCAGGACGUCAUCCAGGCCAGUCUCUUCGAGGGCGAGCCCUCCGCAGACUCCGAGUCAGACAGGGAGGACACCCGCCACUCCGAGGAGUCCCGCCUGCUGCCAAACGCUGCCAAAGCGACCGCUCCUUAUGCUGCCACCACGCCCGCGAGGCCCCGCAAGACCAACGACAUCCACAAGGAGCAUCACCACGCAAAGGCCAAGGACGGCGACGAGCCCGGGCACGAACAGGGCUCCCACGGUCACAGCCACGGCCACGGUCACGGUCACGGCCAUGGUCACGAUCUCAACAUGCGCGGUGUCUUCCUGCACGUCCUGGGCGACGCCCUCGGCAACAUCGGCGUCAUCGUCUCUGCCCUCUUCAUCUGGCUCACCAAUUACUCCUGGCGCUACUAUGCAGACCCGGCCAUCUCCCUGCUCAUCACCGUCAUCAUCCUCUUCUCUGCCAUCCCGCUCUGCAAGGCCGCCUCUCGGAUCCUACUCCAGGCCGUGCCUGUUGGCCUCUCCCUCGACCACAUCAUCGAGGACAUCGAGCAGCUGCCCGGCAUCAUCAGCUGCCACCACUUCCACGUCUGGCAGCUCAGUGAUACCAAGCUCGUUGCCUCCCUCCACAUCCAGGUCAGCUUCGACAUCAAGGGCGAGGGCUCCGACAGGUACAUGACUCUCGCCAGGCACGUCAGGAAGUGUCUCCAUUCCUACGGCAUCCACUCCUCCACCGUCCAGCCAGAGUUCUACCCCGGCAGCGAAGAGGACUCCCUGCGUCCAGGCAGCUCCCAGCUCACCACCGUCGCCAGCGAGUCCUGUCUGCUAGAAUGUGGUGAAAACUGUGCCCCGGACCGCCAGUGCUGCCCAUCCAUAUAA